ACAGACCGAGGCCAGGGAUUGAACCUGCAAACUCAUGGAUACUAGUCAGAUUCGUUUCCACUGAGCCACCACAGGAUCUCCGGUCUUUGACUUUAAUGCCCACUUCGAAGGCCAGGACGACAGCCCGCGGCAGGAUCAUUGAUGGAUUUACUCCUUGCCCGGCAUUGUCUCGCUGGAUCCUGGACUCCGCACAGUGGCUCUCCCCAACAAGGGCUAGUGUAAUAAAUACCCAUUUCACAGAUGGGAAAUCGAGGCUCGACUCAGAGUGCUCGCGAGACGUAAUUGCGCUUGUUCUGCCCUCUGCCCGGGGAGAGGUGAGACAGGCCCGACUCGGAUUCAGCUGCCCACUUCGCUGCAUGUCUAUCAGAGAAAGAAGCAAAAAGUAAACAUGCAAGACCUAUUUCUCAAUAAGCUGGUCUUCCUGCAAGAGCCGCCUUGGGUGCUGGCAUUUCUGCGCCUGCCUCCUUUAACUUGGACCCAGUUGAGCAAUCGGAGCCCAGGGCCUUUCCCCUGAUGAGCAGAAUCGGCUGGAGACUUUGCACUUCGAGUCUGUCCCUCUGCAGCCCCGAGGCUCACAGUCCCUGCCGGGCCAGAGGCCCCCUGUCAGGGGAGGACAGGAGGCCCUCGGGACCGGAAGCCGCAGCGAGAGCUUCACGGAAAGCAGAAAACCCUUUCACGCGUGGUGACAGCACUCAUUUUCCCACAAAGAAAAUGAGGACGGAUUUGGAGCCACGGAGUCUGCUGAUCAACCAGGCAGGGAAAGCACGCACGGCUGGGAUCGGUUUGCAAAGGGACAAGGAUAACAUCCCUCUGCACGAAGAUAUGAAGCAACCCGAAAGUGAUCUGUCAGUUGAAGAAAGAAUAUUUUUGGAAGAGUUUCCCAUCAUGAAAGAGGGGCUAGAAGAGGACCUCCGAAGGCUCUGUGCCCUUGCAGCUCACAUUGACACAACCCACAAAAUAGUCACCAAGACCAGCGCGGUGGCCAACGCCUUCGCUGUGCUCUCAGGAGCCGUGAGCAUCCUGGGCUCGGCUCUCGCUCCAGCAACAGCAGGAGGAAGCCUGGUGCUCUCGGUGACUGGCAGAGUUUUGGGGACCAGAGGGGAAGCCACCAGCAUCUUGGCCAAAAUUUUGGAAUGCUUUUACAAUCAAGAAGCCCAAGCUCAAGUUGGUAGCUUAAUGCCCACCUGUGGCCAAGAGCUCUGGCAAGCUGGACCAAUCUCUGUCACGGCUGCCAAAAAAGUGGUCCAGAAUUGUGGCCGCACCAUCGAGAUGGGCAUCUGUGCCUUUCAGAUGGCCAGCGCUCACCCACGCCUGGCCACCAUUGCCAAGCGUCUCCUGACCACGGGGCAAGUCUCAGCCCAGAGGAGCAGGCAGGUACAAAGGGCCUUGGAGGGAGUCGCGCAGCUGAUGAAAGCAAACGCUCCCUUGCUGAGGAUGGCGAUGGCUGGCUUUUAUCUCAGCGCAGACUUGCUCUCCCUCCUGAAGGAGGAGCAGCUGAAGGAAGGGGCAAAAACAGAGCUGGCAGAAGAGCUAAGGGUCCAGGCUCGGGCGCUGGAAAGGAAGCUGAAAGAACUCACCCAGUGCUUCGAAAGCCUGCAGCAGAAACUCUCGCAGGAAGAAAAGCCUUUGAGCUCCGCUUUGGAGGGAACCACGGGGACUGUGUCUCGCCCCCGGCCAGGCGUGGGGAAGCAGGAUCCCAGUAAUGGCUGGAGAAGAUCCUGGGUUUGCCCAUAAAAGAUGUCACUCACACCUGCUCGAUCAGAUUCUGCUCAGGAAGGAACUCCUCCAUCGUCCCCAGGACCCAAGUUCUCGAAACUUCUCAGGACCUCGGAAGCUGCAGGAACUCUCCUGGCCCCAGUCGCCCAUCUCACACCUAUUUUUUCUUCUCUGUUUCAGCCACUAUUUUGAAAGUAGUGCCUGGCUGAUGAAAUGCAACUUUAAAAUUUAGGAAAGUAAAGAUGGGGUUAGAA